AUGGCUGAGACAGUCCCAGAAGACAGAGGGCUGCGGAACAGGGCUGCUCCCCAGGAUGCCUCCGGCCUCCAGGACAGCUUGUUCUCCUCUGAAAAUGACAACAGCCUAUACUUCACCUACAGUGGCCAGUCCAACACCUUGGAGGUCCAGGAUCUCAGCUACCAGGUGGACAUGGACUCCCAGGUGCCCUGGUUUGAGAAGCUGGCUCAAUUCAAGAUGCCUUGGGCAUCUCACAAGGAUUCUUGUGAGCUGGGCAUCCAAAAUCUGAGCUUCAAAGUGAGGAGUGGGCAGAUGCUGGCCAUCAUAGGGAGCUCAGGGUGUGGGAGAGCCUCUUUGCUGGACGUGAUCACCGGGAGAGGCCACGGCGGCAAAAUUAAGUCAGGUCAAAUCUGGAUCAACGGGCAGCCCAGCACGCCUCAGCUCGUGAGGAAGUAUGUGGCCCACGUGCGCCAGCACGACCACCUGCUCCCCAACCUAACCGUCCGCGAGACCCUGGCUUUUGUUGCCCAGCUACGCCUGCCCAGAACCUUCUCCCAGGCCCAGCGUGACAAAAGGGUGGACGACGUGAUUGCGGAGCUGCGCCUGCGCCAGUGCGCCCACACGCGCGUGGGCAACGCGUACGUGCGGGGCGUGUCUGGGGGCGAGCGGCGCAGAGUCAGCAUCGCGGUGCAGCUCCUGUGGAACCCAGGAAUCCUCAUUCUGGAUGAGCCCACCUCCGGCCUCGACAGCUUCACGGCCCACAACCUGGUGAAAACGCUGUACCGCCUGGCCAAAGGCAACCGGUUGGUGCUCAUCUCCCUCCACCAGCCUCGGUCUGACAUUUUCAGGCUUUUUGAUUUGGUCCUCCUGAUGACGUCCGGCACCACCAUCUACUUGGGGGCAGCCCAGCACAUGGUGCAGUAUUUCACAGCCAUCGGCCACCCCUGUCCUCGCUACAGCAACCCUGCAGACUUCUAUGUGGACUUGACUAGCAUCGACAGGCGAAGCAGAGAACAGGAAGUGGCCACCAGGGAGAAGGCUUGGUCCCUUGCAGCCGUGUUCCAAGAAAAAGUUCGUGGCUUCGAUGACUUUCUGUGGAGAGCGGAGGCAAAGGAGCUGGGUGAGGGCACUUGCCUGGAGAGCCAGGCCCUCCCCCAGGACACUCACCAGCCCCUGACUUCCACUGAGCUGCCUGGCCCUGUGCAGCAGUUCACCAUGCUGAUCCGUCGUCAGAUUUUCAACGAUUUCCGAGACCUGCCAACUCUCCUCAUCCAUGCAGCAGAGGCCUGCCUGAUGUCCCUGGUCAUUGGGUUCCUCUAUUAUGGCCAUGGGGCCAUCAAGCUCUCCUUUAUGGACACAGCUGCCCUCUUGUUCAUGAUUGGAGCUCUUAUCCCUUUCAACGUGAUUCUGGAUGUCAUAUCCAAAUGUCACUCAGAGAGGGCAAUGCUUUACUAUGAACUAGAAGACGGGCUGUACACUGCUGGUCCAUAUUUCUUUACCAAGAUCUUAGGGGAGCUUCCAGAGCACUGUGUCUACAUCAUAAUCUAUGGGAUGCCCAUCUACUGGCUGGCUAACCUGCGCCCGGGCCUGGAGCCCUUUCUACUGCACUUCUUGCUGGUGUGGCUGGUGGUCUUCUGCUGCAGGAUCAUGGCCCUGGGUGCCGCUGCCCUGCUCCCCACAUUUCAUACAUCCUCCUUCUUUGGGAAUGCUCUCUACAACUCCUUCUACCUCACCGGGGGCUUCAUGAUAAGCUUGGAUAACCUGUGGAUAGUGCCCGCUUGGAUUUCCAAAGUCUCCUUCCUCCGCUGGUGUUUUGAAGGGCUGAUGCAGAUUCAGUUUAAAGGGCACACUUACCACAUGGCUGUCGGCAACCUCACCAUCCCUAUCCGGGGAGACGUAAUCCUCAGCUCCAUGGGCCUGAACUCAUACCCGCUCUACGUCACCUACCUCAUCCUUAUUGGCAUCAGUGGUGGCUUUGUGAUCCUGUACUAUGUGGCCCUGAGAUUCAUCAAACAGAAGUCCAGUCAAGACUGGUGA